AUGGACACCUGGGGUCUCUCCUGGCGCAUGUUCCCGUUCCUCAGCUUCAACCUCUCGGGGCUCAACCCCGUGGCCCACUACAGCGUCUGCGUGGACGUGGUGCUGGUGGAUCAGCAUCACUGGCGUUACCAGGGGGGCAAGUGGGUGCAGUGUGGGAAAGCCGAGGGCAACAUGCCAGGGAACCGCCUCUACCUGCACCCCGACUCCCCCAACACGGGCGCCCACUGGAUGCGGCAGGAGGUCUCCUUCGGGAAGCUGAAGCUCACCAACAACAAGGGGGCAUCCAACAACGUCGGCCAGGGUGUGGCCUUGAGGGGUGGAGCUACUGGGAAAGGGCAGGGCCACUAG